UGUGUCUCUGACCUGCAUUCUUGACGGAGUAUGCGCACACAAAUUUUUAGACAUCCAGCACUUAUAAUGGCUGAGAUCCUCUAGGGUCGGGACUUUUGGCCACUACUGUAAUUCGAAAUGAUGAAUAUGUAUUCGUCUGAAUAGUGACAAAUGUAUUUAUACAUGUCGAAUAAUCAAUUCGUUCAUUGUUGACUAAUUGGUGAAUAUGAAUAGACAAAAUUGUGCUUUAUUAGAUUGAUCAUAAAUGAAAUGUGCAUUCAAUAUGUACCUUAAUUUUUAUUCUUUUUCAUGUUUCUUUACAAAAUAUUAUCAACUAACUAUAUCAAAAUAAGACAGAAGAAGAUAAUGAAACUAGAAGAGAAACCAGAUAGUUCGUACGCGGAUAUUUUCUCAUUUGGAAAAGAUGUUUGUCGAACUGACUUUAGGAGAAGAUUUUGAAUUACGAAUACAUACUAACAUUAAAGAAAUAAAAAUAAUUGAAUAUGUUCAAAUGAUCAUUUUAAUUCUAUCGCAUAAUUAACGAAAUUUUCUAAGUGAUCGAAAAAUAAAAACACACGAUAUACAUAAACGCUUUAUUAUAUCUACUAAUAAAUCUCUUUCUUAGUAAAUCAAUCAUACCCGUUGUUCUAUAGUAAAGCUCGAAGAAAUGAUGAAAACGUAGAGUUGCAUAGAGUGAAUAAAUAUUCUCAUGACUAAUGAGAUAUUUUUUUUUUGAUAUAAAAAUUAAAAUAUCUUUUUCUCAAGUAUUUGUCCAAGUGUUUAGAAAAAAAAAGCAGAACUGAACAUGUUAAAAAUAAAAUAUUCAAUUGUUGAAAAUGAUAAUAGAAUAUUAAUCUUUAACAAUAAAGACCAAGUUUUCCGUUAGUAACAAAAAAGAAGACAGCUUAUUUGGAGUUCAUACUUUUCCAAAAAUAUGCCAGGUAUAUAGUUAAUAGCGUAAAAAUUCGAUUAUUAAAUCUGUUUACAACAUAUAAAUUUAGUUGACCAUUCAAUACCACUGCAGAAAGACUAUAUAACAAGUUGAAAUCGUUGGCAUAUACACUUAUGUUUCAACAGUCAUCAUGCCACUUAAUUGACCUGUCAAGAAUAACUGUAUACAGCAGUGUCACAUAUCCAGAAUAUCGGCACGCUGGAGAUGCCACGAGAGAUGCCAAAUUGCAUCAUAACAUACUGUUCAUAUACUACAUAUAUCUGCAAUCCCUGUCAGACAUGCGUCUCCAGCACAUCUCCACAGGGAGAUGCCGCAUCUCCUAAAUCUCCAUUUCCUGAUAAAAAUUUUUUUUUUCGAUUUUUAGGCUCGGACCCAUGAAGGAGAUGCGGUAUCUCCUGUAGAGACGCCGCAUCUCCAGCACAUAUCCACAGGGAGAUGCCGCAUCUCCCAAAUCUCCAUCUCCCUGCAUAUUCUGAUAAAAUUCUUUUUUCCGAUUUUUAGGCUUGAACCCUUGAGGGAGAUGCAUCUCCUGUAGAGACGCCACAUCUCCACAAGGAGAUACCACCUCUCCCAAAUCUCCAUCUCCCUGCAUUUCUUCAGGGUGUGGGUGUGGAGAAAAAGAAUUCUCACACCCACACCCAUCAUCACUAGACUAGCAUAACCUCCAAAGGAUUUGUUUUUUCAAUGUAUUUUAAUCGAGAUAUAAAAUUUUUAAAGAUAACGAUUUCGAUAUGUUUACUAUGAGAAAAGCGUGUUGAUCCAAAUUAUGGAAAAGUCGUUAUCUUUAAAAAUUUCAUAUCUCGGUCAAAAUACAUUGAAAAAACAAAUCCUUUGGAGGUUAUGCUAGUCUAGUGAUGAUCUAUCUUUACACAAAAUAUGAACUUUAAAUAUUCUAAUAACAUGAGUGAUCCACGUCCUCCUUAGAUGUUCCUUGAAAAUGACCUGAAGCUAUAGGAUUUCAGAUAGAAAUUACAAAAUUUUUUCGGCCAAAGUUACUUUCUGUCUACUAUACACUCACACCAACAGAAAAAAAUUGUUAAAAAAAUACUUUUUCUAAAAAUUGGUUGUUUUUCCAUGGAUUUACCCGUUCAUAUAUUGUCUUUGUUUAGCUUUGGUUCUGGUAUUUAAAACUAAUUUAAUAAAAUAAUAUUUUUUCUUGUUUUUGCUUUGAAUGAAUAGAAAGUAAUUUGUCAUUUAUAUUAAGAAAAAUUUUUACUGCAGAACUUACAUUCAUCAUUUCUAUAUUGACUCUUUUUGAUGAUAAAUAGUACAUCCAUCCUGAUUAUGAAUAUUAGUUUAAUAAUAGGCAUCGAUCAAAUUUCGAUGUUCUAUUUUAAUACAUUCACAAUAGAAUGGUUAUUUUUAGUAUUAAUCUAAGUGCAAUUAUUUUUCUUCCAUUGAUAUAACACAAAGACAAUCAUAUCGCAUAACAAUAUGUCAAUAUCAUGAUCUAUAUUUUUCGCCUUGAUUAAGAAUAAUAUACAAAAUCGAUAGUAAAUGUUUGUCUAACUAUUAAUUUUUAGUUCACUAUAAAAUCACUAUGUGACCUGCAUUAUUUCAAUUCAAAAUAGUGUUGAUUCUAACAGUACGUUAAAGACUAUUAUCAUGGCAAUUCUUAAAAGUAUGAUUAUUUUCAUUGUUAUAUUGUUUUUACAAUUGUCUAUAAGUUAUGCACAAGAAAAUGUAUGUACAUCAACAGCAAUAGCUACAUGUAAUCCAUAUCCAUGUGUUCAAACAGGUAAUAUUUUUUCAUGUCUUUGUCCGGACAUGACAACAAAGCCAAGUGCAGUAGAAUGUAAUGGUGGUGUAAUUCCAAAUCAAUGUGGUAAUGCUAUAUGUCCUGCUGGUGCUACAUGUAUACCAACAAAUCAAAAUCCAGCACUUUAUAUAUGUCUUUGUCCAAAUAAUGUUAUUGCAAAUCCUAAUUGUCCAACAAAUCCAUCAAAUCAAUGUUUGAUAAAUAAUUUAUGUCUAAAUGGUGGCACCUGUAUUACCAAUCAAUUCACUCUUCAAACAGUUUGUGUUUGUCCAUCAGGUUAUUAUGGAUUAAACUGUAAUUAUCUAUGUGCUCCAAGAUGUAAUUCUCGUUGGUGUUAUAAUGGUGGUCGAUGUGUUAAUGCAUAUGGUCAGCCAUAUUGUAUCUGCGGACGCAACUAUCGUGGUCGACGAUGUGAACUUCGAUAUAAUCAAUUAAAUUAUGUUUAUUUAUACCAACAUCCACGAUGGUAA